AUUUAAAUGCUUUAUAAUAACUGUGCUUGAACGUGAAUAUAUAACAGUCCUAUGUCCCACAAUGGAAGUUUUUGCGUACACAUCCACCAUCUCAUAAGCGCUCUCAAAUUAGCAGUGGUUUUCAGCACGAUGCCUAAGAUUGAAACUGUUGCGAUUGCCGGCGCAUCUGGCACCCUGGGACCCUACGUGUUCCAGGCACUUGUCAAUGCAGGCUUUCGGGUCUCAGUUCUGACUCGUUCUCGAAAGCCUGGAGCAUAUGCCUCGGACAUCAAUGUCUUUGAAGUUGACUUCAAUUCAGUGAAGUCACUAACCACUGCACUUAAAGGUGUGGAUGCUGUCGUAUCCACAGUGGGCGGCGCAGCAGUCGACAAUCAGACGGUGCUUAUCGACGCUGCUGUUGCCGCAGGAGUGAAGCGUUUCAUUCCUUCGGAGUUUGGCAACGUUACCACAAAUCCGAAGCUCGAAAAUUUCCCGAUCUACGGUUCCAUGUUUAAGGUUCGGGCCUACCUCCAAGGAAAGGCAGCAGUUGGAGAGUUAUCGUGGUCAGUUCUUGCAUGUGGCGCCUUCUUGGACUCUGUUUUGAACAAUCCCGUUGUGCUGGACCUCCAGAACCACACUGUGACUAUCCUCGACGAAGGCGACAAUCGGAUCAGCUCUACCUCCUUGCCUGUGGUAGGAAGAGCUAUCGCUGCAAUCUUACAAAAUUUUGACGCCACUCAGAACAAAGUCAUGCAUGUAUCCGAGACGAUUUUGACUCAAAACAAACUGCUUGGGUUUGCAAAGGAGCUUCGGCCUGAUAUUGAGUGGAGAACUAGCAAGGAACAGACAAGCGUGCUUUUGCAGGAAAGUCUGGAACAAUUUGGUGCUGGAGACUUCAGUGUGUCGACUUUCAUGAAACUGAUGCAAGGUACUGCUCUUGCUGGAGAUACUUAUGGCGGCGCAUUUGAUGUGACGGACAAUGAGCUGCUUGGCAUCAAAGAACUGGCACCAGCAGACCUGAAGAAGCUUAUCGCCGAGAAGCUCGCCUAGAGUAGAUUGGCACGGCGGGAUCCGAGAAGGACUCUUGCAACAAGAGCCUAGACUUUUUAACUUGUGAUCAUGACCCCAUUUGAUAAUGUAAAUAGUCUGCCAACAUCGACUUAAUACAUCUUGAUGACAUCUCUUACGUG